AUGGAAGACAUUCGUGCACAAAUGAAGAAAUACAUGGUCGAGUACCGUAAAGCAGGUUUACGUUUUUUGCAAACCGGAAACGGCGCAAAGGGAGAAACUAAGGAUACUGGUUCAAAAGAAUUCGAAAGUGCCCAGGAUUCUGAAGUGAAAGACACUAUAAAAGAUAAAGAAGAUGAGACAAGACAUGUUGAGUCUACUUCCAAUGAAGUGCCUGUAAGUAAUGAUGUAGUGGAAACGGUGUCUGACUCCUGUGAAGAUGAAGCUACCGCUGCUCCUCCGGUCAAGAAAGCAAAGAAAAGUUCUGGUGCUGUUACCUUCGUCCAGGACUUCAAGUCUAUUUUGGAUGAACCCGUAGAUACAACCAUCUACAGUGAAGUGCUGGAAAAGAAGCAGGAGAUGGCCAAGAUGAAGAUGAAGGUGCAGCAACUGACUAUUGACAACCUAUUUGAUUUCAAGCAUUAUACCUUGAAUACUGCGGAUAUUAUAAAACAGGGACUCACUGAUAAAAAAAUAAGAAACAAAAGUAUGAAGCAUAAGAUGCGAGAAGACGAUAAUCAUGAAGAGGCAUCACUUCCCCCUAAAAGAAAGCUUACACCAAUUUGGAGUAACGCUGAUCAGCUGAAAUUGAUUGGUGUCAAAGUAAAUCAACUAAACAGCAAAUUCCAGUUAAGCAUUGAUGGAUUGGAUAGAGACAUACCAGAAUUGCACAAGGGUACUUUAAAGAUUGAAAACGCUGUUGCUGGUGAUACAUUUUUAAAGCGUACUGAAUCAUAUCAUUAUACUAAUUCGAAUGAACGUGGAACAAAGAUGAUAUACGUACAUAUAAUGGAUCAAAUAAUUAACAACCCGAUACUGUUUCAUCGCUCAUCAUUAAAUCAAUUCUCGGAGAUGUCCUUCCUCGUCAAAUUCUGGGGACCAAUCAUUGAGCUUUUUUUUAACCCGACUGAGUACUUUAUACAAUGGGGUGACACCAAUUCACCAUAUUUAUCUAUAAUCAAUUUUCACUUUAAGCUGGAUUGUAAGCUUAAAAUUAAGGAUUUUAAUAGUGAUGAGUUGGAUGUUACUACUGGAGAGCUGGCACGCCAUUCAUCCACCACUUCCUCUAAAAUGAGCAGUGACUUUACAAAAUCCGCCCUAAAUACAAAAGCCCAUUUGAACGCUGCAUUGAAACGAAUGCCGUACUGUCGUAUUUGGGUACGAUUCACUUAA